GUGGGAGGAGAAAAAGGUGGGAGGGUGGCGUCUCACUCAGGACCCAGUGGGGGCAGCGCGAUGAGGCGGGUGACCCUGUUCCUUAACGGCAGCCCCAAGAAUGGAAAGGUGGUUGCUGUGUAUGGAACUUUAUCUGAUUUGCUUUCUGUGGCCAGCAGUAAACUCGGCAUAAAAGCCACCAGUGUGUAUAAUGGGAAAGGUGGACUGAUUGAUGAUAUUGCUUUGAUCAGGGAUGAUGAUGUUUUGUUUGUGUGUGAAGGAGAACCCUUUAUUGAUCCUCAGACAGAUUCUAAACCACCUGAAGGGCCGACAGGAUGCCACACAGACUGGCUAACAUUAAAUGUUGGAGGGCGGUACUUUACUACUACACGGAGCACUUUAGUGAAUAAAGAACCUGAUAGUAUGCUGGCCCACAUGUUUAAAGACAAAGAUGUCUGGGGAAAUAAGCAAGAUCGUAGAGGAGCUUUCUUAAUUGACCGAAGUCCUGAGUACUUUGAACCCAUUUUGAACUAUUUGCGUCACGGACAGCUCAUUGUAAAUGAUGGCAUUAAUUUAUUAGGUGUGUUAGAAGAAGCCAGAUUUUUUGGUAUUGACUCACUGAUUGAACACCUUGAAGUGGCAAUAAAGAAUUCUCAACCACCAGAGGAUCAUUCACCAAUAUCCCGAAAGGAAUUUGUCCGAUUUCUACUAGCCACUCCAACUAAAUCAGAAUUGCGUUGCCAGGGUUUAAACUUCAGUGGUGCAGAUCUUUCUCGUUUGGACCUUCGAUACAUUAAUUUCAAAAUGGCCAAUUUAAGCCGCUGCAAUCUUGCCCAUGCUAAUCUCUGCUGUGCAAAUCUUGAACGAGCUGAUCUCUCUGGCUCAGUGCUUGAUUGUGCAAAUCUCCAAGGGGUCAAGAUGCUAUGUUCUAAUGCAGAAGGGGCAUCCUUGAAACUGUGUAAUUUUGAAGAUCCCUCUGGUCUUAAAGCCAAUUUAGAAGGUGCUAAUCUGAAAGGUGUGGAUAUGGAAGGAAGUCAAAUGACAGGAAUUAACCUGAGGGUUGCUACAUUAAAAAAUGCAAAGUUGAAGAACUGUAACCUUAGAGGAGCAACUCUGGCAGGAACUGAUUUAGAGAAUUGUGAUUUGUCUGGGUGUGAUCUUCAAGAAGCCAACCUAAGAGGUUCCAAUGUAAAGGGAGCUAUAUUUGAAGAGAUGCUGACACCGCUACAUAUGUCACAGAGUGUCAGAUGAGAAUUUUACGGGCUGGAGGAAGAUGUCCAAGAUGAGAAAUAUUUUCCUUGUCCCUUUUCCUCUCCAUCCACUCACUUGUCUAGAAGAAAUAACACUGUAAGGGGAUAAGAAAACAUUUAGAGGAUUAUGCUUGUUCUCAACAGUGUAGGAAACUAGAUUAUCUUGCUGCCUUUUGAAUGGGAUAGGGGAUUGCCUGGCUUUGUGAUCAGGAAUAGUUUCUAUUAUAUUUGCUUUUAAAUAGUCAUGAUGUGAAAGUACCAUCAUGGUUCGAAAUGCAUUUGAGGAUUUUAAUUUAUGCAAAGCACAACAUAUGCAAUUAUAUUUAUUGAAUCUCUAGAUGCAGUAUGGAUAUUUGAAUUGUUAGACUUUAUGAAAAUAUUGAAAAGAUUGUUCAGGUUUAUAAAUAGCUUUAGUGAUGCCUCCCCUACAUUAAAUAUCUGUCACACCAUAUGAAUAUGGUGAGACUGGACUCUCCAAGACUCUCUUUUCAGGUUUAUUUUUAUAAUGUUUAUGCUUAGACAAAACAGUAGCUAAAUUAAAGAAAUCCCCCUUUCUAACUGAUUGAGACAGAGUAGAAAGAAAGAUAUCAUACUAUAUCAUUGUCAUACUGAAAGUAUAGUGGAACUCUCCAGGUGGAGGAAAAAAUUACCUAUAGUUGUAAUUUUUAAAUGAGCAUUACUAAUUGAAAAGAAAAAUUCAUUCUCAGCAAGUUCCACUCAACACCAGACUGGGCAAUUUAUCUAAUUACACUACUAACCUAGUUAUCUCUUACACAAGCAUAUGAAAAUACUUCAAUACCAAAAACCAAGGCACUUCAUUAAUAUUCAUUUAAUUCAAAUGCAAAAUAGUUUAAGUAGGGCCAGCUUAGAAAUAGAUAUUAAAUCCAAAUCUACUGCAAACAAAGCUAUAAAAUAUAAAUGAAAAUGGCAAAGUCAUCUUUUAGAAGUCAGCGUAAUAUAACUGCAGCUAAAACCGUACAGUGGGCAAUGAGGAAUUUAAACUGACAGUUUGAUUAUAGCCACUAAAAAAUAAAUAAAUGAAAGUAAAAGCAGUUGGCUGGUCCCAGACAUAAUACCAAUCAGUUGGCACCUGUGGUUUUUUUACUUAUAUUUUCUUUUU